CAAAAAAAAGUUAGCGUUCCUCUCCCUCUCACCAUCCUGUCGUCCUCUAUCGAGCGAGGAAUACAACACCCCACGCGACGCAUCGCUCCUUCGAAUCUCUUGAUCCCCGUGGAGAUCCUCUAAACCCUCUCUUCUCGAUCUCUUCCGGCCGUCGGCUGGGUAGUCGCUCCGGAUCCGGCCAGUUUUCCGUCGCUCCCCGCCGCCGGAGUCGACUCCGGGCCGAUCUCGCGCCGUGAGCUGAGGAUUUCUUGGGAAAAUGGCGGGAGUGCGGCCUCCCAACAUGGACGUCUUCGAUGCGUACUUUAGGAGAGCGGAUUUGGAUCGCGAUGGGAGGAUUAGCGGGGCUGAGGCGGUUGCUUUCUUCCAAGGGUCCAAUUUGCCCAAACACAUCCUAGCUCAGAUAUGGACGUAUGCUGAUCAGAACCGAACUGGCUUCCUCGGGCGCCAAGAAUUCUAUAAUGCAUUGAAACUUGUAACCGUGGCACAAAGUGGGCGUGAACUAACACCUGAUAUCAUAAAAUCUGCAUUAUAUGGUCCGGCUGCAGCUAUGAUUCCAGCACCGCAGAUAAAUCCUAUGUCAACUCCUGCAGCUCAAAUGGCUUCAGUCCCUACCCCUCCACCGCAAGUAAAUACUAUGCUGCCAUCAUCCACCCAAAUGAGUGCUAUGGCACCUGCUGCACCUCAAAAUCUAGGCUUCAGGGGGCCACAGGUAGCUCCAAAUGCAGGCAUGAAUCAACAGUUUUUCUCCUCGUCAAAUGCCAAUAUCAUUAGGCCACCUCAAGCAACACCUGCUGCGCCUUCACUUCAGCUGCAUGGAGUCAGUCAAGGACUUUCUGCGGGUAGCAAUGUUGCUGGUCCUCGUUUGCCAAGCUCAGUUGCACCAAACAUGUCAAUAGAUUGGCUUGGCGGUACGACAGGUGGAACUGCAGUUGGGGCAACUUCUCAAGCUGUUAGGGGCAUUAGCCCUUCACAGUUCCCAAAUGGAUUUGGCUUGACAUUAUCUGGUACAACCCCUGGAGCGCCUCCUAAACUGCAAACACAAUCUGCACCAGCAUCCUCAGUGCAGCUGAAACCUCUGGAUCCAGUCUUCCAGUCACAUGGAACUGCUGCUAAUAAUGAUAAAAAAGCAUUGGCUGUAUCUGGAAAUGGUUUGAUAUCUGACUCAGCUUUUGGAGGGGAUGCAUUUUCUGCUACUUCUCAAGCAAAGCCAGAUGUUUCUGCACCAACUUUUUCUGCAAGCAUUUUGCCCAACUCCUCCAGGAUCAUGUCACCUGCUGGUUCUCAAAAUUUAAUUAGGCCAGGUCAUCCUGAUCCUUUACAGCAUACCAUGGAACUUCCUUCUGGUAGUAGUCAGCUUCAACAGACUCAGUCAAUAGUUAAGCAAGAUCAGCCAGAUAAAAUGCAGAGCUCUUUAGCAUUGGCUACAGUUUCGGCUGGAUCUCUCAGUUCAACUUCCAACCAAUCGCAGCCUCAAUGGCCAAGAAUCACUCAAUCUGAUAUUCAGAAGUACUCUGCUGUAUUUGUAGAGGUAGACAAGGACAGAGAUGGAAAGAUCACAGGUGAACAGGCACGUAACCUGUUCCUAAGUUGGAGACUUCCUAGAGAGGUCCUAAGACAGGUGUGGGACUUAUCAGACCAAGAUAAUGAUAGCAUGCUUUCUCUGAGAGAAUUCUGUAUUGCUCUCUUUCUGAUGGAGCGGUACCGAGAAGGGCGUCCCCUUCCAGCUGUGCUUCCAAAUUCCCUUAGGUAUGAUGAGGCAUUGUUACAUGCCACAAGUCAGCCUUCAUCUUCAUAUGGUGGUCCAGCUUGGCAACCAAAUCCUGGCUUACCUCAGCAAGGGAUCCUUGGAUCUCGUCCCGUAAUGCCAGCCACUGGAAUGAGGCCGCCAAUGCAAACUGUCCCUCUGCAGCCUGAUGGUGCAGCACAGUCAGUUCAACAAAAGUCAAGAGUACCUGGAUUGGAUAAUCACCUGGUAAACCGACUCAGCAAGGACGAGCAGAAAACAGUGAACUCAAGUUACCAGGAGGCAACAGAUGCUGGGAAAAAAGUUCAAGAAUUGGACAAGCAGAUCCUAGAUUCUAAAGAAAAGAUUGAAUUUUACCGCACCAAGAUGCAAGAACUCGUUCUUUACAAAAGCAGGUGUGACAACAGACUGAAUGAGAUCACUGAAAGGGCAUCUGCUGAUAGGCGUGAGGUUGAGUCACUGGCAAAAAAAUAUGAAGAAAAGUACAAGCAAGUUGGAGAAUUAGCUUCAAAACUGGCAGUGGAGGAGGCUACAUUUCGUGAUAUUCAGGAGAGAAAACUGGAACUAUAUAAUGCAUUAGUUAAAAUGGAACAAGGUGGAAGUGCUGAUGGUCUGCUUCAGGUUCGUGCUGAUCGAAUACAAUGUGAUCUUGAGGAGCUAGAGAAAGCUUUGAAUGAACGUUGCAAGCAACAUGGAUUGCAUGUUAAGCCAGCUACAUCAAUUGAGCUUCCCUUUGGUUGGCAACCUGGCACACAAGAGGGGGCAGCUGAUUGGGAUGAAGACUGGGACAAAUUUGAAGAUGAAGGAUUCAUGGUUGUAAAGGAUCUCGGUGUAGAAGUAGAAAAUUUUGUUUCUGCUUCAAAUCCCAAGUCUCCCACAGUUUGGAGUGAUAAAGCUUCUAUGGAUGAGUUUUCUCCUGUUGCAUCUUCUUCUAAUGCUAAUAGCAAGAACGAGAAGCCUUUUAGUACUAGUGAACAGAUAACUGAGAGUGGAUCGGCCUAUGAUCAAAGUGAUGAAGGAUUAACAAGAAGUCCUGGCAGUCCUGGAAGGAGUACUUUUGAAAGCCCAUUUCGCUCUGCACAGUUUGAUGUGCAUGAUAUUUCUCCUCGCACCAAAGAAAGUCACAGUGAUUAUGGUGGUGCUGAAUCGUCUGUAUUUGGUGAUAAGUUUGCUGAUGAGGCCUCGUGGAAUUUUGAUGAUACUGAUUCAGUAUGGGGUUCUAAUGCAAUACAUUUGAAGGAGACUGAUCAUGAGAGGACCACAGAGAACUCUUUCUUUGGCUCUGAAGACUUUGGUCUAAAUCCGAUUAAAGUAGACCCCUUGAGUGCUGUUAGUGUAUCUGGGAAGGAGAAGAAAAGUUUAUUCUUUGAGGAUUCUGUUCCAAAUUCUCCAUUUUUCAACUCUGGUUCGUCACCGAUGUUUAAUGAGGGGCGAGGAGAUGACUCCUUCAACAGUUUUAGUAAAUUUGAUUCCUUUAGGAUGCAUGACAGCAAAUUUUAUCCUCCAGGCGGGAGCGUUACAAAGUUUGACUCCAUUAGCAGCAGCAGAGAUUUUAGUCACAUUCAGAAAUUCGAAUCAUUUGAUGAUGCAGACCCCUUUGGCUCGACUGGACCUUUCAAGUCUUCAUGAAUCCUUUAUCGUAGGUAAGGUUUGGAUAAUUGGGGUCCUUGCUGGAAGAUAUUGCACCAAGGAGAAGUUUCUGCUUUGUGCCAUGAUGCAAGGAUACUAUUUUUGGAGCAAGAUGUUCAAUUUCAUAUGCGCUAAGAUCCCUUGACAUCUUGGCUAUAUGCUUUGGACUUAAUUUUCUUUUAUCGGCAUUCUUUUGUUUUUCGGUAUUAUAUGUUGUUUUGUCUUUUAGGUUUUAGGUUUGCUUUGUCUGUGCCUCAAAGUCUUGUUUCAGUUAGCCUACUUGUUCACCUCGUAUCAUGUAUAGGCUAAUAUUUGUGACUUGAGCAUUGCAGAAUGGUAGUAAUUUUUGGUUGAAAAUAAUUUCACGGCAUACAAGGGACAGAUUGAAGCAUCAGAAAUCUUGUGUUUAGCAUCCUCGGUUGUAAGGAAAUGCACUGACGAUUUUAAACAGUACAGUGAUGAAAUUGACAUCCCUUAUAUUUGUGCGAAUGAUUUUGUACAUAUUGAUAUGGUAAUUAUCUUGGUUUGUCUUGCA